AUGGCGCAUACAAAUGAAAUAAUCGUCAACGGCGCAUCAGAAAGGUCGAUGCAAUCCCAAUGUGGUAGUUGCCAAAUUGUAGGAGCUAAGCAGGAAAGAAAAAUGGAUGAAAAGAAAAGUACGCAACGAUCAUCCUUUUUCACUAAAAAAACUGCUAUGUUGUUUUUUGUUCUUGCUUACAUCUUUUUAAGGCACCAGGAUGAUUUUUCAAGACAGGAUGUGAAUGCUCCAUUACAAGUAGAUAAUAUUGUUGGUAGAAAUUUAUCAAGCACGGAAUCAGAAGAUGAAGCUCCAUCAGGACCAUAUGAUUACGAAGUGGGAGAGACGGAAGAUCCUUCUGAAGGAGGAAGACAAGCUUCUCCUGCAGCAGGGGAAAUGACAUUGGAAAUGGAAUAUCCUAAUGAAAGACAGGACGUUCAAAAAUCGGCAGAACAGGAAGCGCCCCUAUUCGGGGAGAGGACCAAUUAUGUGGCAGAGGGUGAUUUAUGUGUUUAUGCUUAUUUUGCGCAUCUCUGUAAGAAUGCAUAUAAUGAUAAUAAGAAAAAAAAGAAAGGAGAAAAAGAAAUAGAAGAAGAGAAAAAGAAGGAAGAAGCACUUCUGAAGGAAAAGGAAAAAAGUCAGAAUAAGCUAAGUAUAGGAAACACAAAAGUCUACAGUGGUCCACUCGCUGCCUUAGAGAAAUAUGAGGAUGAACAGGAAGAAGAACGUAAAAGAUCUUUAAGAUAUGACAAGGAAGAACGGAAAAGGAAAAUGAAAGAGAUGGAAAAAGAACGCAGUUUCCUGAAUAAAUUUCACAGUCCACUGUAUACAAAUGGAGCUCAUAGUGAUGAUAUAAGGAUGUAUAGAGCAGAAGAUAGAGGGGACGACGAAUAUGAAGAAAAAAAUAAUACAAGAUCUUUAAGAUAUGACGAGGAAGAGCACAUAUAUGAUGAGGAAGGAAUGAAUGAAUUGUUAUUUGGGGAAUUUAAAAAAUGGGAAGAUUCCGGAGCGCAUACCAUCCCUUCUUCUCACUACGAAGUGCUAUGUUUUGAGGAUAGAUUGAACGAUUAUGAAAUAAAUAAAGAAUUAAAUGAAAUGGAAGAAAUGCCUAAAAAAUGCGAAUUAGUUUCUCUUUACUGGCAAUCAUACAUAAAUGAAAAGAGCAAAUAUAUUAAUGCUAAUAAACGUUUGUUCAAAAAAUUUCUAGAAUUAAAAAAAAAACAAAAUUUCGGGACUAUGGGAAAAUAUAACAAUAAAUGGAAAAAAUGUAGUAAAAUAGUUGGUACUAACUUUAAAGAACAACGCGAAUAUGUUAAUGAUAUAUUUUAUACACAUAUGACAAAGGAAAAUUUGAGCAAAGAUGAAUUUAAAGGGAUUUUGGGCCACGUUAGGGAUUCAUGGAAAGAGGUGACCCUUAAGGUGACGCAAGAAUGUGUAGCUCUUUUGGAAGAACCAAUUGUCCCGGAUGUCAAAAUCCUUGAUUAUGACCCAUAUGAUGGAAUCGCAUAUUUUAAAGUUUCACGUAUCACCAGCCCUCAAGUAAACUCCUAA